AUGAAGUCAAACCCAGUGUCUAACCCGAGCGACAUCUCCGGCGAUACCACAUCACCGGUGUCUAACCUGAGCGGCGUCUCUGACAGUACUGCAUCACCGGUGUCUAAUCCGAGCGACAUCUCCGGCGAUACCACAUCACCGGUCUCUAACCCGAGCGGCGUCUCAGACAGUAACGCAUCAUCGGUGUCUAACCCGAGCGACAACUCCGGCGAUACCAUAUCACCGGUGUCUAACCCGAGCGGCGUCUCAGACAGUACUGCAUCACCGGUGUCUAACCCUAGUGACAUCUCCGGCGAUACCACAUCACCGGUCUCUAACCCUAGCGGCGUCUCAGACAGUACCGCAUUCUCAGUGUCUAACCCGAGCGACAUCUCCGGCGAUACCACAUCACCGGUGUCUAACCUGAGCGGCGUCUCUGACAGUACUGCAUCACCGGUGUCUAAUCCGAGCGACAUCUCCGGCGAUACCACAUCACCGGUCUCUAACCCGAGCGGCGUCUCAGACAGUAACGCAUCAUCGGUGUCUAACCCGAGCGACAACUCCGGCGAUACCAUAUCACCGGUGUCUAACCCGAGCGGCGUCUCAGACAGUACUGCAUCACCGGUGUCUAACCCUAGUGACAUCUCCGGCGAUACCACAUCACCGGUCUCUAACCCUAGCGGCGUCUCAGACAGUACCGCAUUCUCAGUGUCUAACCCGAGCGACAUCUCCGGCGAUACCACAUCACCGGUGUCUAACCCGAGUGGCGUCUCAGACAUAUCUAACCCGAGUGACGUCUCAGACAGUACCGCAUCUCCAGUGUCUAACCCGAGCGACAUCUCCGGCGAUACCACAUCACCGGCGUCUAACCCGAGUGACGUCUCAGACAGUACCGCAUCUCCAGUUACCGCAUCACCGGUGUCUAACCUGAGCGACAUCUCCGGCAAUACCACAUCACCGGUCUCUAACCUGAGCGGCGUCUCAGACAGUACCACAUCUCCAGUGUCUAACCCGAGCAACAUCUCCGGCGAUACCACAUCACCGGAGUCUAACCCGAGCGGCGUCUCAGACAGUACCGCAUCACCGGUGUCUAACCUGAGCGGCGUCUCAGACAGUACCACAUCACCGGAGUCUAACCCGAGCGGCGUCUCAGACAGUACUGCAUCACCGGUGUCUAACCCGAGCGGCGUCUCAGACAGUACUGCAUCACCGGUGUCUAACCCGAGCGGCAUCUCAGACAGUACCACAUCACCGGAGUCUAACCCGAGCGGCGUCUCAGACAGUACUGCAUCACCGCUGUCUAACCCGAGCGGCGUCUCAGACAGUACCGCAUCACCGCUGUCUAACCCGAGCGGCGUCUCAGACAGUACUGCAUCACCGGUGUCUAACCCGAGCGGCGUCUCUGACAGUACCACAUCACCGGAGUCUAACCCGAGCGGCGUCUCAGACAGUACCGCAUCACCAGUGUCUAACCCGAGCGACAUCUCCGGCGAUACCACAUCACCGGUCUAUAACCCGAGCGGCGUCUCUGACAGUACAGCAUCACCAGUGUCUAACCCGAGCGACAACUCCGGCGAUACCACAUCACCGGUCUAUAACCCGAGCGGCGUCUCUGACAGUACAGCAUCACCAGUGUCUAACCCGAGCGACAACUCCGGCGAUACCACAUCACCGGUCUAUAACCCGAGCGGCGUCUCUGACAGUACAGCAUCACCAGUGUCUAACCCGAGUGACGUCUCAAUCAGUACCGCAUCUCCAGUGUCUAAGCUGAGUGGCGUCUCAGACAGUACCGCAUCUCCAGUGUCUAACCCGAGCGACAUCUCCGGCGAUACCACAUCACCGGCGUCUAACCCGAGCGGCGUCUCAGAGAGUACCGCAUCACCGGUGUCUAACCUGAGCGGCGUCUCAGACAGUACCACAUCACCGGAGUCUAACCCGAGCGGCGUCUCAGACAGUACUGCAUCACCGGUGUCUAACCCGAGCGGCGUCUCAGACAGUACUGCAUCACCGGUGUCUAACCCGAGCGGCGUCUCAGACAGUACCGCAUCACCGGAGUCUAACCCGAGCGGCGUCUCAGACAGUACUGCAUCACCGCUGUCUAACCCGAGCGGCGUCUCAGACAGUACCGCAUCACCGCUGUCUGACCCGAGCGGCGUCUCAGAGAGUACCGCAUCACCGCUGUCUAACUCGAGCGGCGUCUCAGACAGUACCGCAUCACCGGUGUCUAACCCGAGUGACAUCUCCGCCGAUACCACAUCACCAGUGUUUAACCCGAGCUGCGUCUCAAAGAGUACCGCAUCACCGGUGUCUAACCUGAGCGAUUUCUCCGGCGAUACCACAUCACCGGUCUCUAACCUGAGCGGCGUCUCAGACAGUACCACAUCUCCAGUGUCUAACCCGAGCAACAUCUCCGGCGAUACCACAUCACCAGUGUCUAACCCGAGCGGCGUCUCAGACAGUACCGCAUCACCGGUGUCUAACCUGAGCGGCGUCUCAGACAGUACCACAUCACCGGAGUCUAACCCGAGCGGCGUCUCAGACAGUACUGCAUCACCGGUGUCUAACCCGAGCGGUGUCUCAGACAGUACUGCAUCACCGGUGUCUAACCCGAGCGGCGUCUCAGACAGUACCGCAUCACCGGAGUCUAACCCGAGCGGCGUCUCAGACAGUACUGCAUCACCGCUGUCUAACCCGAGCGGCGUCUCAGACAGUACCGCAUCACCGCUGUCUAACCCGAGCGGCGUCUCAGACAGUACUGCAUCACCGGUGUCUAACCCGAGCGGCGUCUCAGACAGUACCACAUCACCGGAGUCUAACCCGAGCGGCGUCUCAGACAGUACCGCAUCACCGCUGUCUAACCCGAGCGGCGUCUCAGACAGUACUGCAUCACCGCUGUCUAACCCGAGCGGCGUCUCAGACAGUACCGCAUCACCGCUGUCUAACCCGAGCGGCGUCUCAGACAGUACCACAUCACCGGAGUCUAACCCGAGCGGCGUCUCAGACAGUACCACAUCACCAGUGUCUAACCCGAGCUGCGUCUCAAACAGUACCGCAUCACCGGUGUCUAACCUGAGCGACAUCUCCGGCAAUACCACAUCACCGGUCUCUAACCUGAGCGGCGUCUCAGACAGUACCACAUCUCCAGUGUCUAACCCGAGCAACAUCUCCGGCGAUACCACAUCACCGGAGUCUAACCCGAGCGGCGUCUCAGACAAUGCACGCUUCAGUCAUGGCCUCCAUAAACGGGAGGAUGAGGGCGCCCUCUGCAGACCGGACCUCAAGGCACGUCAUGUACAUGGCGCACUUUCCCGCAUGGUCAGCCAGGAGGACGCCUCAGAGACCUGA